UUCUUUCUUUACUAAGCCAUGGAAAGAGAUAUCAACAUUCAGCAAGAUGCUCGUCAUAACAUGCUCUUCUCUUCAUCCGUCAUCUCCGCCGCUGCUGCCACCACCACCGACGCAUCCUCCUCCACUUCGAAAUAUAGUAUACUUCACAAGGGGUCAAAGAAAAGGCAAAGUAGUAGUGAUAUUGGUGAUGGCAAGAAGCAUCCAACAUACCGCGGAGUACGGAUGCGAAGCUGGGGGAAAUGGGUGUCUGAAAUCCGAGAACCGAGGAAGAAAUCAAGAAUAUGGCUUGGAACAUACCACACGGCUGAAAUGGCUGCUCGAGCACACGAUGUAGCUGCACUGGCCAUCAAGGGCAGCUCGGCUUACCUUAACUUCCCUCGACUUGCAGAACUACUUCCUCGACCCGCCACCACAUCCCCCAAGGACAUCCAGGCAGCCGCUUCGCUAGCGGCUGCUUCGACAUUUCUCGACACAAGCCGGUGCAACAUCGAGUUCGAAGCUGACGAAGAAGCUGGAGCUGGAGAAAGCCAAGAAGAUCAAGUUCCUCUCUCAAGUUCACCCUUGGUCGAUGACGACGAUGACACCUUGUUCGAUCUACCUGAUCUCUUGGUCGAUGUUACUGAUCGAAGCCAUGGGUUCAGGUCUUAUUCUUCAACGAGGCAAAUAUGUGCAGUAGAUGCUGGGUUCAGGGUUGAUGAGCCAUUCUCCUGGAACUACUACUAGGAAAUUGAAGAGCGUAUUCAUGGUAUAUAUGGAACCCAUACUUUUCAUGGUCAAGAGCUCUAACUUUGAAAAUCCAUCACCAGUUCGCACAAUAAUCAACUGCAAAUUUCUUGUAAGUUGGAGGUACAUAUAAACAUUUAAU